AAGUAUAAAACCUCUUGGGCUCCCUCCAGCCAGACUGUAGACCUACUGGAAACUAUAGAGACACCUGAGUUUCGCCCCACUAGCUAAACUAUCCCGUCACAAUGCUGUCACGAACGUUGUUUGUUCCUUUGAUCUUUGCUUUGGCUGGUCUUGCUCUCUCGGCCCCCAUUACUGAUGGAACAGAGGGAGAUAAUGAUGGUGUCAAAGAUGGCGAAGGCCCCACUGGCAGCCCGGUAGUUGCAGCAGCAGCUGGAGACUCUGUAGGGACCACAGAUGGGACUGACUCUAGUAAAGAGCUGGCUGGAGAUGUGAGUAGCAGUGAUACAUCCACAGACACAGGCAAUGGAGAUACCAGCGUGGAAACCACAGGCAGUCCUGAUGCCCCUGAUGCCCCAGAUGCAGCUGAAGCAGCAGGCAGCCUAGAUACAACUGAUGCAGCUGAAUCAGCAGAUGUGGAAAAGUCUCCAGAAGAUGACUCCACAGAGUCUCCAGAAAGUGAUUCCACAGAGUCUCCUGACAGUGACUCCACAGAGUCUCCUGACAGUGACUCCACAGAUGAAGUGUUGACAGAUGUGCAAGCUGACUCUGACGUGACCAGUGAUGACACGGAGCAGGCCAUGGAGACAGACAAAGAUGACGACAAGAGUGACUCAGCUCAAGAGGAUGCAGAUGGGAAGGAUACUGCAGGUGAAGAAGAAAUGUUAGAUAAUGACUCUGCAGAUGCUGCCACAGACAACGACGAUAGUGAUGAGGAUAAGGACAUUGAACUAGAUGGUAAGUCUCCUGCAGAAGAGAAGGACAGCGCAGAAGACACAGAGACAGAGGAAGCGACGGACAGCGACAGCAAACAAGACGACGCAGACUCAGACACUAAGGAUGACAAGCCAGACAAAGACGACAAGAAAGACAGCACAGAUGACAGCAAAGACAGCGACAGCUCAGACGACCGCAAAGACAGCAGCGAAGAAGAGGCCCAGGUUCCGGAGGAGGAACCAGAGCACCAGGAAAUAGAAGAAAAGGACAGAGAGAGCCAACAGGACAGCUCAGACGAAAACGACAAGCCAGACAAAGAAGAUGAGAGAGACAGCGACAGCUCAGAAGAAAACGACAAGCCAGACAAAGAAGAUGAGAAAGACAGCGACAGCUCAGACGAAAACCACAAGCCAGACAAAGAAGAUGAGAGAGACAGCGACAGCUCAGAAGAAAACGACAAGCCAGACAAAGAAGAUGCGAAAGACAGCGACAGCUCAGACGAAAACGACAAGCCAGACAAAGAAGAUGAGAGAGACAGCGACAGCUCAGAAGAAAACGACAAGCCAGACAAAGAAGAUGAGAAAGACAGCGACAGCUCAGACGAAAACCACAAGCCAGACAAAGAAGAUGAGAGAGACAGCGACAGCUCAGACGAAAACGACAAGCCAGACAAAGAAGAUGAGAGAGACAGCGACAGCUCAGACGAAAAUGACAAGCCAGACAAAGAAGAUGAGAGAGACAGCGACAGCUCAGACGAAAACGACAAGCCAGACAAAGAAGAUGAGAGAGACAGCGACAGCUCAGACGAAAACGACAAGCCAGACAAAGAAGAUGAGAGAGACAGCGACAGCUCAGACGAAAACGACAAGCCAGACAAAGAAGAUGAGAGAGACAGCGACAGCUCAGACGAAAACGACAAGCCAGACAAAGAAGAUGAGAGGGACAGCGACAGCUCAGACGAAAACGACAAGCCAGACAAAGAAGAUGAGAGAGACAGCGACAGCUCAGACGAAAACGACAAGCCAGACAAAGAAGAUGAGAAAGACAGCGACAGCUCAGACAACAGCAAAGACAGCAGCGAAGAGGAUGUCCAGGUCUCGGAGGAGAAACCAAAGCAGCAGGAAAUGGACAUGAAGGAGGGAGGUGACGUGGGGGAAGAGCAGGCCAGCCCUGAAGACAACAUCAAGGAGGGAAGCCCUUUAGGGAGCCAAGACUUUGAGCCUCUACAGGAUUCGGAGGAGGAGGCGGAGAUGGAGUCAAAGGAGGAGGGGAAGCUGGAGGAGGCGGAGAAGGAGGAGGAGGAGCUGGAUGCGGAGAUGAACCUAGACACAACAGAGUCCGACAGUAAGGAGGACAGUAAGGAUGACAGUAAGAAUGAGAUUAAGGAUGAGAGUGAGGAUAAGACUGAGGCUGACGCAGACUCCAACAGUGAAGAGGACACUAAUGAUAGCAUGAUGAAGGAGCCCAAAGAUUCUGAUGAUGCUGACAAAGAUGACAAGGAUGCCUCUGACUCAGACGAUGACAAAUCUGAAUCUGAUGCAGAGCCAGGCACAGAUUCACACAAAGAUGAGGAUGAGACCGACGAGGAUUCCCAUGAUGUGUCAGAGUCCAUGGUGAAAGAUGACGAUAUGGAUGAUGAUGACAUGGAUGGGGCAGAAACAAUGGCUCCAGAUUCAGAAGCUGUUCCAGCUGACAUCCUGGACCAACCAGACCAACAGGAUUACAUGACACAGGGUGCCUCUCACGGCGCUGAUGCACCGGCAGCCCAGUCUUAGCCCUGUGGGUUGAGGCCACAUGACGCUGUGAAUGGAAUCAGACAGUUUGAUAGUCCCAUCAUGGUGAAUACCACUUAAAACCAACAAGUCCUCCUGUAGUCAUGACAACAAACAGCGUAAACGAAACUUACGUUCCUUACGUUCCUUAACCCUCUCGUGCCACUCAAUAUGGUGAAGGUGUCUACGGGGAUACAAUUAAAUUAUUCUACUGUUUUGGUGUACAUUACAUUUUUACAUUACAUUACUUUUUGACUGCAUUGUUGUUUUUUUUGGCAUCUCAAGGGUAAUUUAAUAUUUGAUCAUGGAGAAUAUAUAUUUUUUCAACUUUGUUUUUUGUUAAAGACAGUUUAUUUAAGUUGUGACAUCAUCAUUAUACAUGUUACACCCCUGUCUUAUCAACUAGCGUGUUGAUAAAAUGGUCAACAUGUUCCCUUACAAUGCCCUUGAAAAAAACAGAAUCCUGUUUUUUUAAGAUAGCAUUCAGUCAUUGUAGGUUUGCUAGGUUUCUGCAGGUUGUGGGUUACUACAGUUUUCCUCUUGCUUUCAUGUGAUGCAUUGCUGUCUCAGUCCUUGACAGAAAGCUGAAUUGGCACUUUUUCCUUAACCGAUAACGGCUGCUACAUUUGAAAAAUAAUUCCUACUGGCUCAGUUCAACAUUCAUUUUAAAGUUAUGAGUAACAUAAGGUUCUUUAUUAAAAAAAAGAAGUGUACAUACAAUGUCUUUGAUUAAGUAUAAUCUACAUUGGUUAGACAAAUGGUAAAAUAACAAUUGCAUAGACAUAAUGAGAAUUUAAUUUCAUAACUGUAUGCACACAGGGGGAAAAUCUAAUAAAUAUUGAGUUGUCAGAUCA